AGUAAAAAAAAAAGACUAUUAAAAACGAAACAAAGAUCAAUGGCAGAAGAUCAAGGGGCGGCUACGGCGAUGGAAACAACAGCGGUGGAGAAGCAGCCAGAGGCUGAAGCUGCACCUAGUGUGCCUAAGACGAAGAGGAUGAUGGUUGCGAUCGAUGAGAGCGACUCGAGCUUCUACGCUCUCCAAUGGGUCAUUGAUCAUUUCUCUAACCUCUUAAUGACUACUGAGGCGGCUGAGGGGGACGGUGGAAUGCUCACGGUGGUUCAUGUCCAGUCACCUUUCCAUCACUUUGCUGCCUUUCCGGCUGGACCGGGCGGCGCCACAGCAGCAGUGUACGCAUCUUCGACAAUGAUAGAGUCAGUGAAAAAAGCACAACAAGAGACCUCUGCUGCACUUCUCUCUCGUGCUCUCCAAAUGUGCCGAGCCAAACAGAUACGAACUGAAACUCUAGUGCUCGAAGGGGAAGCCAAAGAGAUGAUUUGCGAGGCGGUGGAGCAGAUGCACGUUGAUCUUCUUGUUGUGGGUAGUCGUGGCCUUGGCAAGAUCAAAAGAGCGUUUAUUGGGAGCGUUAGCGAUUACUGCGCUCAUCACGCCAAUUGUCCCAUCCUUAUUGUCAAGCCACCCAAGGAGCUAAUGACUAAGUAACAUGCAACUACCUAUACGAGUUUUUGCUAUUAAUAUGUUUUUCAAAUAAAGUGUGUGUACUCGUUGUAAUAUACCAAUCCAAAAAAAAAACCAAUCCAAAAAAAAAAAAAUAGAGUGUCGUGGUACGAAAUUAAAGUGUACUAUGUCAAUGAAAAUAUGAAUCGAAUAAUGAAGCGAAGACUUGUUAGCCUGUUA